CGCGAUAGUGUGUGAAUAGUGAUCUUGUUCGAUUUGUUGUCGAUUUAAAUUAAUACAAAUUUUAAAUAAUUUAAUUAUUUUAGAAUUGAAAAAAUGGUCCGACUUAAUGCCAUACGAAUUCGUGAACAGGUUUAUCCCGAUCCAGACUAUGAACACUUGGAUAUCAUAAAAAUCAAUCGAAUGACCGAUGCUGAUUGUCGACGAGUUCUUGAUUCAUUGAAACAAAACGAUGUUUCAAGUUCAAUUAAUCGUAAUAAAGUCACUGAAAAUAAAAUUCGUUCCAAUUCGAAGCAUUUGCAAUUUAAACAGCAAAACAAUGAAUCUAACCAUGUGACACAACCUUUGAAAAAACCACGUCUUGAUCAGAACAAACAGGAAAAGGAUCAAAUCGGAUGUGCUCCAGUGAAUCGAAUGUUACCAUCCAAAUCGGAACCUAAAGCUAGUGAUAAAUUUGCUAAACCAGUAACACAAUUCAAAGAAAUUUCUAGUUUUCUAAUUGAACCACCUCCUGCUUGUUAUUCUAAAGCAGCUCAAGAUUCCCGUUUGGCUUUUCAAGUCAUCUAUGGUCGAUACAAGCCAUACAAAAAGAAUAAAGAGUGGACAUAUGAUGGCUUUUUGGCUAUCAAACCAGAAGGAAUUACUCUUUAUAAAUGUUCAGGAGCUAUUGAAAGUCGUUUGGAACGUGCAACCGAAAAAGUACCAAAAUAUUUUUCAACCGGCACUCAUUUAAUUAUUGGACAAUGGGAAUGUGAAAUAUGUGAUCAAUUAUUGUUCAGUGAAUUCGAAACUGGAGCUUAUUUUGCUCCCGAUAAUUAAAAUUGAUUAGAUUGAGUUUUUUCAAUUAUCGCAAAUUAAAUUUGAAAAACUUAGUUUUUUUUCUAAAUAAAAUUAUAAAUAUAACCAUUAA